AUGGCGGAAGUCAUCCCUGUGACCGAGUUCCCGGACUAUGCCACCGACCCAACGGGAGGCAACCCAAUCACUCAUGACCUCAACGCGCCUUAUGACAAGAUUACGCCGGCCAUCGGCUUUCUCUACGCCGGAAUGCAUCGUAGGAAAUCCGCCAUGACAAUGGUUCUCCAGUCACUCUUCUGUGCAUGCGCCUGUGGCCUCCAAUACUGGAUAUACGGUGCAUCGCUGUACCAGUCGCGCACGACGAACCCUAUCCUCGGCGACCUGUCCCACGCGGCAUUCCAUAACCUCCUGGCUUCUCCAUCUUUUGCCAACAGUGAUAUCCCAGACAUCUUGUAUGCUGCCUUUGGCUUCACCUUCGUUACGGCCACGGCAAUGAUUCUGGCUGGUGCCAUGCUCGAGCGCGGCCGCCUCUGGCCCAGUAUGCUUUUCCUCCUCUGCUGGAACACGUUCGUCUACUACAUCUUGGCAUAUUGGGAGUGGAACCCCAGCGGUUGGCUCUACAACCUCGGCCUCUACGACUUUGCAGGCUCCGGCCCGGUCCAUAUCGCCAGUGGUUUCGGAGCCCUCGCCUGGUCAAUGAUGUUGGGCCCCCGUAUUGACGACAGCAGCACGUCCACGAAGAAGAGGCACGUUCCCCAGUUUCGGGGCCACAACCCUUUGUUGAUGACUCUGGGUACCGUUCUCAUCUGGUUUGGAUGGUUUGCGUUCAACGGAGCCAGCACGGCUAACCUCAGCUUGCGGUCCAUCUACGUCGUUGUGAACACCAACUUUGCUGCUUGUGGUGGUGGCGUUACAUGGGCCCUAUUGGACUACUUGUACAUGAAAAAGUUCAGCUUGGUUGGCUUCUGCUCGGGUAUCAUUUCCGGUCUCGUCGGUAUCACCCCGGCAGCUGGCUUCGUUCUUGUCUACGUCUCACCACUUGUCGGGAUCAUCACCGCCACCUGCUGUUUCUACACCGUUCGAUACCAGCACAUCCUCCGCGUCGACGACGGCCUCGAUAUCUUUGCAAUCCACGGUGUCGGUGGAUAUGUUGGCGACAUUCUGACCGGUCUCUUUGCCCACAAAAUGGUACCAGCUCUCGAUGGAGUCAGCGGCGACACGUAUGAGGGCGGCUGGUGGAAUGGCAACUUCAGGCAGCUUGGUCUGCAGUUGGCAGGCGCAACGACUUGUGCCGCCUGGUCGUUUUUCGUCUCUUGUAUCUUGUUGUUUCUCAUCAACAAGAUUCCGGGCAUGCAUUUGCGUGCUACUGAGGAAGAGGAGUUGCGAGGCCUUGAUUAUGAGUACAUUGACGACAUAGUUUCGGACUAUGAUGACGGUAAUAUGCUGAUCCACAAUGGCCAGGUGGUGGAAACGCCUACUCCAGCCAGCUUUUCGAAAAGCUCCUAG